AUGUCAUCAACGAUGGAUCGAUCCGAGGGAUGUGUUCGAGCCCAGAGCUUGCGUUCGAGCGCUUGCGGCGGGCGCGGAAAGGACACGGGGCGGUGCUUGUGCUGCCCGUCCACGGUCUCAAGCGCGACCCCGCCUGAACAGCAUGCCGGGAGCGGAGGUGGCCACGUUUUGCCUGGAUGCUCUUGGCUGCGCCCGGGAGUGGCCUGGACGGGCCGCCAGCGCGUGGCAGUCGGAGUCGGUCGACCUUCCUUCGAGUCGUGGGGUUUGCGGAUCAACUUGCAGCACGUCGACCUGCAGCGAGGGAUCAUCGAGGGAAACAUCAAGGUGUCGGCAUCAGAUGUCGGGCAACUCGAGUGCCGGCAGGGCGCGGUCGUGACCUACUUCAAGGGCGAGCUCAUCGACGGCGUGAACCACUCUUUCGAGACCGGCAGAUGGGGCGCGAGCGCGCGGGACGACAGGAAGCACUGGGCUCUGUUCGACCCGUGGCUCGAGCUUCAGUCGCGGGGCGGCGGUGGGGAUCGAUCCGCAGCCCCGUCGGACCCGCGCAACUCUGACCACGUGUUCCUGCGCCUCAAGGAGCAGUUCUUCUACGACGAGGGGUCGUCGUCGUCCGCGCUGAGCAUCAACGGGUUUUACUACCUGUGCCUCAGCCGCAUUCACGGGGAGAUGCAUGGUUUCUACUUCGACCCCUGCACGCCCUCGCCGUUCCAGGACAUCCGCCUCCAGCCCCAGCCCUUCGUACAGGACUUCGAACGCAUGUGA